CCUCACUGCCUCUGCUUCUGCGGAGGGAGUAAUAGGGCUGCCUGGUUGCCUCCAGAGCUGUCGGUUCCCGCACCAUCCGAAGGGAGAUGCUGGGCCACUGGUGGUGACUGGUUAGCAAUCCAGCUUUGGCUAAGCCACAACAGCUCUCCUUACUACCUGCUACUCCUCCAUCCCUGAGACAUCAAGAACCUCUCCUUUUAUGGAGCAGUGUUUCUCUUCAGUAUCCUAAGGAGAUUGACAAAGUGGUCCCUGAGGGAGCCUGCAUUGGUGAAACCUGCCAUUGUGUGUAGAAUCUCUCUUUUGGGCCUGCCUUUGGAGCCCCUGGCUUGCCCUUAGACCAGAAAAUGUUUUUCAAGGGGGACUAUGUUUUCCAAGGGGUAGUGGGAGGGGGAAAAGGGAGGUUUUAACAGGGUAAUCAGAAACCACCAGUGUGACCUGCCUUAAUGGUAUUGUCUUCAGGUCUACCUGAGGGAGUCAGGGGUCAACUUCUGCCCUGGGGUUUAUGCAUCUCUGCCUGAGGAUAACCCAGCCCUAGAAGAGCAGAGAGCACAAAAAAUGCCUUGGCACUGGGCCACUGGUAUGUCUGCCCACCCCCGUUUUUGCUGAUAAUCUUGAGUUUCAUUUUCCCGAGGUAACGGUAUCUCAAUUGUGGGGGAUCCCCUUGCCCCUCUUCACAUCUGCAUCCUGCGGGUUACUGUUGGGAGGCUGGCCUGAUGCCAGGACUCUUUAGGAUGCCCCUGACCGCUCAGCACCCCCAGCCCCACCCCGCACACCAGGCAGCUUCUUCCUAAGGCCUGGCUGUGCAGCACUUUGCCAGAGAUCCGGACAACCGCGGAACGGACCUCCAAGAACGCCUACCAGAAGGUCGUGGGUCCUACCAUAUCUUCACGUAGGCAGUCAUAGGCCUCUGCGGCGUCCGAACCGCCGCAGUGUUGAGUCAUGUCUUAGCGCUGCCUCUUCCCUGCUGCCACUCCCCCACCCCGCUCCCAGGAGAAGAUGCAGACCUCAGUUUUCCGGGAGGAGCGAAGAGGGCCUCUCAACCUAGCGACUGCGAAGCCAACAGUGGGAUCUGCCUUAAUGGUGCUGCUGCUCUUGUCUGCGUCUGCAUUUGGGGGCUUGGCUUCUGUCCUGGAGAGCGUCCAGCUCUGCCUGACCAUAACCCCGCUCGGGAGGAGGGACCGGCGUGGGCCGGGGUCCACGGCAGAGCGGAGAGGCCGAGCUCGGCGCGGGCGCGGGCGGCAGCCCCGGCGCCGUCUCCCGGGCCCGCGGCGCUCGCGGCCCGGCGGCCGUUGUCCGGGCGACGGCGCAGCGCGGGCACCCCGCGGCCCCUCCCCUGGGCGCGCGCGCGACCUGAGCGCCAUGGCGGCGGCGGCGGCGGGCCAGCGGCCUGGGACCGCCGCGGCUGGCGAGGCCUCGAGCCCGCAGUGGGCGCUGCCAGAGCACCGCCGGGAGCGGGCAGCGGCCGGACUGCGCGACGGCGAGGACGCACCGGUGCGGCCGCUGUGCAAGCCCCGCGGCAUCUGCUCGCGCGCCUACUUUCUGGUGCUGAUGGUGUUCGUGCACCUGUACCUGGGCAACGUGCUGGCGCUGCUGCUCUUCGUGCACUACAGUAACGGCGACGAGAGCACCGACCCGGGGCCCCAGCGCCGCGCCCAGGGCCCUGGGCCCGCGCCAACCUUAGGCCCCCUCGCCCGGCUCGAGGGCAUCAAGGUGGGGCAUGAGCGUAAGGUCCAGCUGGUCACCGACAGGGAUCACUUCAUCCGGACCCUCAGCCUCAAGCCGCUGCUCUUCGAAAUCCCUGGCUUCCUGACUGACGAGGAGUGUCGACUCAUCAUCCAGCUGGCACAGCUGAAGGGCUUACAGCGCAGCCAGAUCCUGCCCACCGAAGAGUACGAAGAGGCAAUGAGCACGAUGCAGGUCAGCCAGCUGGACCUCUUCCAGCUGCUGGACCAGAACCAUGAUGGCCGCCUGCAGCUCCGUGAGGUCCUGGCCCAGACUCGCCUGGGAAAUGGACGAUGGAUGACUCCGGAGAACAUUCAGGAGAUGUAUGCUGCCAUCAAGGCUGACCCUGAUGGUGACGGAGUGCUGAGUCUGCAGGAGUUCUCCAACAUGGACCUUCGGGACUUCCACAAGUACAUGAGGAGCCACAAGGCGGAGUCCAGUGAGCUGGUGCGGAACAGCCACCACACCUGGCUCUACCAGGGUGAAGGUGCCCACCACGUCAUGCGUGCCAUCCGCCAGAGGGUGCUGCGCCUCACUCGCCUGUCGCCUGAGAUCGUGGAGCUCAGUGAGCCGCUGCAGGUUGUACGAUACGGCGAGGGAGGCCACUACCAUGCCCAUGUGGAUAGCGGGCCUGUGUACCCAGAGACCAUCUGCUCCCAUACCAAACUGGUAGCCAAUGAAUCUGUACCCUUCGAGACCUCCUGCCGCUACAUGACAGUGCUGUUUUAUUUGAACAACGUCACCGGUGGGGGCGAGACUGUCUUCCCUGUAGCAGACAACAGAACCUACGAUGAAAUGAGUCUGAUUCAGGAUGAUGUUGACCUCCGUGACACUCGAAGGCACUGUGACAAGGGAAACCUGCGUGUCAAGCCCCAGCAGGGCACAGCAGUCUUCUGGUACAACUACCUGCCUGAUGGGCAAGGUUGGGUGGGCGACGUGGACGACUACUCCCUACAUGGGGGCUGCCUGGUCACACGUGGCACCAAGUGGAUCGCCAACAACUGGAUUAACGUGGACCCCAGCCGGGCGCGGCAAGCGCUGUUCCAGCAGGAGAUGGCUCGCCUGGCCCGCGAAGGUGGCGCCGACUCACAGCCCGAGUGGGCUCUGGACCGAGCCUACCGCGAUACACGCGUGGAGCUCUGAGGGGAGGGUUAGCCCCGGCCCCUGGCCGCGGGUCGCCCGCCGCCCGAGGUCGGGGACCCGGCGGUCCUGCCCUGCUGCAGACUAAAGGUCUGGCCAAUGUCUUGCCCCACCCCCGCCUCCAGCUACGAUACGGCGCAGUUCCGAUAUUGACGUUAUUUAUUGUGUACAGACCCCACGCUGCCCAGUCAAAUAAAACCACCCGGCUUUGAGCCGCCAGGCCCACGAGCUC